AUGACAAGAAAGAAGGUUAAGCUUACUUAUAUCACUAACAACUCUGCAAAAAAAGCCACAUUCAAGAAAAGAAAGAAGGAGCUAAUGAAGAAAGUGUGCGAACUUAGCACUCUUUGCGAUGUCAAAGCUUGUGCAAUUAUUUACAGCCUUUAUGACUCGCAACCAAAUCUUUGGUUUUCCUCUCUCGGAGCCCAACACAUGCUUGUUGACUUUAAGAGGAUGCCCGAGAUGGAGCAGAGCAAGAAGAUGGUGAAUCAAAAGAGCUUCCUGCACCAGAAGAUCAUUAAGGUAACGGACCAACUAAAGAAGCAGUGCAAUGAUAAUCGCGAGAAGGAGAUAACAGAUAUCAUGAUAUACUCGAGGGAUUUGGUAGAAUAUGCAAAACAUUUGGCAAUAGUGCUAGGGAUACUUCGGAGAGCCAAGUUGUAUGCAAAGUUCAGUAGAUGUGACUUCUGGUUGGAUCAAAUAGCAUUCUUGGCCAAUAUUGUGUCGAAAGAUGGGGUAUCUGUUGACCCAGCAAAGGUAGAGACAGUGGUAAAGUAA